AUGCAGCUAGCAAUUGGGAUCUUGCUGAGGGAUGAGGUUCUGGCCAUGGAAGCCAUAGAGGAUUUUUCAGGGGAGCUCUUCCCACCAGUGUUCGUGGAGGCCUUCAGCAGGGGAAACACACAGGUCUUGAAGUCCAUGGUACCAUCCUGGUCCUAUCCCACCCUGCCUCUGGGAGCCCUGAUGACCAGGAAGAAACCAGGAACAUUGGACAUGCACCUGGAUUUUGUCCUCAUGCAGCAAUGGAUGUUUCAAGCUGUGCUGGAUGGGCUCUAUGUGUUGCUGAGCCAGAAGGUUUGUUCCAGGAGGUUGAAAUUGCAAAUAUUAGAUACACAAGAUGUACACCAGAACUUCUGGAGAUUCUGGACUGGAAAUCAGUUUGAAGCUUGCACCUCAGAGGCCAUCCAGAGGAGAGAAAAAGAAGAAACCGGGUCAUGCACAACAAAAGCUGUGCCCCUCAAGGUCCAGGAGAGGAGAAGACUGGUGCAGCUGGACUGUCUAAAGCUGUGGAUUAAAGCCACAUGCUUUCAAAAGAUCACAGAGGUCUUAGAAAUACUGAACCUUGAUUCUGUAGAGGAAGUGGAUGUGGGUCACUACUGGAAUCUCUCCACGCUGGUUCAUUUUGCCCCUUACUUGAGCCAGAUGAGAAAACUUAACUAA